CUGCAGCGGCGGGACGAGGCGCUAACAACAGGCAGCCGUAGGAGGGUGGAAUCAGAUAGCAGAAGAAGGAAAGAGAGACAAAGACGCGGACAUUUUAACAAUGACGACAAGAGCCUGAGGUCGUCUCUGUAGCUUCGACAAUGUUCCGGAUACUGAGCCGCUCGCCUUUUAAAGCUGCCGGAGCAGCGCACACUACACUGGUGAAGGACGUAGCACGGAGAAGACAGCUCCACAGCACGUACGAUGUGGCCGUCGUCGGUGGCGGUAUUGUGGGCUUGGCCACGGCCAGAGAGCUCAUCCUGCGACACCCAUCUCUCAGCUUCGUCCUGUUGGAGAAGGAAAAGGAGCUCGCUGUACACCAGAGUGGGCACAACAGUGGAGUCAUUCACAGCGGCAUCUACUACACGCCGGGCUCGCUGAAGGCCCGGCUGUGUGUGCGAGGAGCCACUUUAAGCUACGAGUACUGCGACAAGAAAGGACUCCCUUACAAGAGAUGUGGAAAGCUCAUCGUGGCCGUGGAGCAGGAGGAGGUUCCCCGGUUGAAGGCUCUGUAUGAGCGCGGGCUGGCGAACAACGUGCGCGACCUCAGCGUGAUCGACGCCAAGGCCAUCCGAGAGCGAGAGCCCUACUGCCGAGGUAUCAUGGCCUUGGAUUCGCCGUACACCGGCAUUGUGGACUGGAGGAUGGUGGCUUUCAGCUAUGGGGAGGACUUUGAGGAGGCAGGCGGCACGGUGGUCACCGACUUUGAGGUCACAGAUAUUUCCAUGGUCAAGGAGAGUCCGGCAGGGAGCGCUGAAGGAAUGAAAUAUCCAAUCGCAAUCCACGAUAAACAGGGCAACGAGGUGCAGUGUCGUUACGUCCUGACCUGUGGAGGUCUCUACUCGGACCGCCUGUCGCAGAUAUCCGGAUGCGGCCGGGAGCCGCGGAUCGUCCCGUUCAGGGGAGACUAUCUGAUCCUGAAGCCGGAAAAAGAGUAUCUGGUCAAAGGAAACAUCUACCCUGUUCCUGAUCCUCGAUUCCCCUUCCUCGGCGUUCACUUCACCCCGCGGAUGGACGGGAGUAUUUGGCUCGGUCCUAACGCGAUCCUUGCCUUCAAAAGGGAGGGUUAUAAAAUGUUGGACUUCAACGUCAAAGACUUUGCCGACGCUAUCUCAUUCAGGGGCCUUCAGAAGCUGGUGCUGAGGAACAUGACGUACGGGCUUGGAGAAAUGUACAGAGGCUUUGUCACUAGCGCUCAGGUGAAAAUCCUGCAGAAGUACAUUCCUGAAAUCUCGACGAGUGACGUGCUCAGGGGUCCUUCAGGGGUUCGAGCUCAAGCCCUCGACCGGGACGGAAACCUCGUGGACGACUUUGUUUUCGACGGCGGGGUUGGGGAUGUGGCCAGUCGGGUGCUCCACGUGCGCAACGCUCCGUCGCCGGCGGCCACGUCCUCUCUCGCCAUCGGCGAGAUGAUCGCAGACGAGGUGGAGAGUCGCUUCACGUUAUAGGAACUCAGGAAAACCAACCAAACGCCUUCGCUUGUUACGGUUGCAAGUCGCUGUUUACCAAGCAUUUAUCAUCACGACUUGUGUAAAUCUGUGACUUUAUUAAAACACUUAUCAGUUGCGACUCGUACGCAAUCACAUUUCGAAACAAAACUUCCCUUUUAUACAUUUUAUUUUCUGUCUACAUUUCUUUUCUUGUCUAAAAAUAGUACAUCGCCGAUUACUGUUGAAACUGUGAAGCAUCAAACUGACGUUUUUUAACUCAAAUAAGAUAUCACAUCAUGAACUAUAUCAAUACAGAGACACACAAACCCGUAUAAAAUCUAAGUUUGACUUCUUCUUUUAAUGAAAAUCACAACUUUAAAUGAGGUUAAAUCAGUCCAAAUUGUUAUACAAACAUUUUGGGGAACUUUUUCAGCCAGACAACAUAAUCCUGAUGUGACCAAGGAUUCUACAGGGACAUUGGAUAACUGUUCCUCUCAUUUUGUAACGCACAAUUAAAGCUACAGAGUGCACAGUUUAUGAAGAAAGACGAGUUGUGCUGAUUUGGAAGGUUUUCAGUGUUGCACAGUUGUCUGCUGGAAAAAUGUCACCCUGUAAACUCGUUUUUACUCUCAUUAUAUUACGACAAAUUGAGAACAGUUGUUUAUUUUCUGCGUGUCCGUGACGAGAUGAUCUCAUUUCAUUCUGCUACAAUUUGCUCAUUGUUUGAGGCAUCACUAAAAUGUCCUCAUACAUAAAAGUUGUCUUCCUUACUGUUAUGUCAGUCCAUUUAUUGACAAAUGACUGCUGUUUUAUAUACAUAUAUUUUAAUAACAAAUGUACCUACGUUUAUGGCCCUGCUGGUGGUGGUGGUGGUGGUGGUGGUGGAGUGUUUUCUCUUGUCUGGUUUAUUGAUUUAAGGUACUUUUUCAUAUCAGGAACAGCGCAGACCUUUGGAGAGAGAGCGUAAUAAAAUGGAGAAAGACGACAACUUAAUUGAAACCGUUAUUGUGAUCAAUGUGCAAAAUAUGAUGUACUGAAUAAAUGUUGAUAUUUCCCCACAACAAAUGUUGAGUCCAGAACAAAACAAUAAAUGACCACAAAUGUA